CUCUGUAUCAGUCUUCCGCAGUCAGUCUGCUCCGCAGGAUCCUGUCCCUUUAAAAAUAGUGUAUUUCUGCGUUCCACCCGAGGGUGAAGUAUUCUGGGGUGAAAAGGUGUCUUAGAGAAGUGCAGGACGUGAACAAUGAUGUCCACCUACAAGCGGGCCACCCUAGAUGAGGAUGAGCUACUUGGUUCCACUGUGGAUGAGAUCUACCCCACCGACAUGCAGGUGUCAGUGAGGCGUGGGCGGGGGCCCAGGUGCUGGGCCAAUCAGACGCAGCUGGAGAGGAGGCUGCUGGUCCUGGUGUGUGUGCUCUGCUUCUCCCUGUUCAUCUGCAUCCUCACGCUGGGACUGUACUACAGAGCAGGUCAGUGUCACAUUCCUCCUGCCCGCGUAGCCUGCAUCCUCACGCUGGGACUGUACUACAGAGCAGCUCACCCCGGCCUCUGUCUGUCGGAGUCAUGUGUGAAAGUAGCCAGCGGGGUGCUGGGGGCGCUGGACCGCAGCGUAGACCCCUGCCACGACUUCUACGGCUUCGCCUGUGGGGGCUGGAUGAGGAGCAACCCGCUGCCGGAGGGGAAGUCCCGCUGGAACCCCUUCAGCUUCCUAUGGGAGCGCAACAUGGCCGUCAUGAAGCAGCAGCUGGAGAACAUCUCCAUACCUGGACUGAGUGAGGCGGAGACCAAGGCCCAGUGGUACUAUCAGUCCUGCAUGAACGAGUCCAAGAUCCAGGAGCUGGGGGCUCAGCCACUACUGGAGCUCAUCAAUCAGACAGGAGGCUGGGCCCUGACGGAACCCUGGAACAAGUCUAAUUUCCAGCAGGUUCUGCGCGUUGUGUCUGCGCAGCACCACACAGCCCCCUUCUUCACCGUGUUCGUCAGCACUGACCCCAAGAGCUCCAACAGCAACAUCAUCCAGGUUGACCAAUCAGGACUGGGCCUGCCCUCCCGGGACUACUACCUCAAUAAGACGGCCAAUCAGAAGUACCUGGACGCCUACCUGGGCUUCCUGGUAGAGCUGGGGGUCCUGCUGGGGGGCUCUGCAGAGCGCUCCCGCUCCAUCAUGCAGGAGAUCGUCAACUUUGAGACGGAGCUCGCCAACAUCACUGUACCACAGGAACAGCGCAGGGACGAUGAACUCCUCUACCACAAGAUCCAGGCCCAGGAGCUGCAGACCCUGGCCCCUGCAGUAGACUGGCUGCCCUUCCUCAGGGAUGUUCUUGCACCAGUGGAGCUGAACAAGACAGAGCCUGUGGUGGUUUAUGCCAAAGAGUACCUGCCCAAAGUAUCUCACCUCAUCAACAGCACCGACAAGAGCAUCCUCAACAACUACAUGAUCAUGAAGGUGGUGCAGAAGAUGGUGUCUGUGCUCGACCAGAGGUUCCAGGAUGCCAGGCAGUCCUUCUUCGAAGUUAUGUACGGCACCAAGAAGAGCUGCACGCCACGCUGGAAGCUGUGUGUUGGUGACACAGACAGCGCUCUUGGCUUUGCUCUGGGGGCCAUGUUUGUGAAAGCCACCUUUGCUGAAAGCAGCAAGACCAUUGCUGAAGAUAUGGUCUCCCAGAUCAAACAGGCCUUUGAAGAGAGUGUGCAGUCUGUCAGCUGGAUGGACCCUGACACCAAGAAGGCAGCCAAAGAAAAGGCGGACGCCAUCUACAACAUGAUUGGAUAUCCAAAGUUCAUAAUGGAAUCCAAGGAGUUGGACAAAGUGUUCCAUGAAUUUGAGGUGGUAUCAGACCAGUAUUUCCGGAACGUCAUGCAGUACUACAACUUUUCAGCCAGAGUGACCGCUGACCAGCUGAGGAAAGCUCCAAACAGAGAGCAGUGGAGCAUGACCCCUGCCACAGUGAACGCCUACUACACCCCCACCAAGAACAACAUGGUGUUCCCUGCAGGAAUCCUCCAGGCUCCCUUCUACAGCUCCGCGUGGCCGCAGGCUAUAAAUUUUGGGGGCAUGGGCGUGGUCAUGGGUCACGAGCUGACCCAUGCAUUCGAUGACCAAGGGAGGGAGUAUGAUAAGGACGGAAACUUGCGGUCCUGGUGGAAGAACGCCUCAGUGGAAGCCUUUAAGAAGCAGACCCAGUGCAUGGUGGAGCAGUACAGCAACUACAGCAUCAACCACGAGCCCCUGAACGGAAAACACACCCUGGGGGAGAACAUCGCUGACAACGGGGGACUAAAGGCUGCCUAUGAGGCUUAUGAGAGCUGGAUCCAGAAGAAUGGUGAGGAGCCACUGCUACCUGCCAUCGGCAUGACAAAUCGGCAGCUGUUUUUUGUUGGAUUUGCACAGGUGUGGUGCUCGGUGAGGACUCCAGAGAGUGCCCAUGAGGGGGUGAUGACAGACAGCCACAGUCCCUCCAGGUUUCGGGUCAUCGGGACCGUCUCUAACUCCCGGCAGUUCUCGGAGGUCUUCAGCUGCCCUGCGGGCAGCCCCAUGAACCCCCAUCGCAAGUGUGAGCUGUGGUGAUACCCAGCAUUCCGAGCGAGCAGAGGAUCUGAACCCCACGGGGGCACGGCGUAUGACUGGACCCCCCCCACCAGGGCUCAACCCCACCAGGGCUCAACCCCCCCCCAGGGCUCAACCCCCCCACCAGCCAAGAGUUUGGGUGCCUUGGCUGGAGGAGCCCCAUGCUCUCCAAAAGGGCAUCUUUGUAAAAAAUAAAGGUUCUAUUUUUCUAACUCGUUGAAAAGGUUUCUCCUUCUGAAGAGAAGGGGAACAUUACACACUGGACAGAACAGAGAUUUUUUACUGCAAAUUUGUCUGCCAUUGAGUUUUUAUUUUUAUUUUUUUUAAUGGAAAGUAAUUUAUUCUGCCUGUGUAUUUUCUUAUGUCUUCUUGCUGUUGAUUCAAUGUGCCUAAAACAGCAGGCUUGAUUUUCCUUUCACAGUAAAUAGCUUGUGCAUCAUGUACUGUAACUGUAUUGUUUCAGUAAUCAGAAUUGGCUGACACUUUUGUCUGUACACUUGUUGAUCUGCAGGGUAAUGUGCCAUUAUAUGAUAAACUCUGUGCAGACACUGGUGAGGCUGACAUUUGCUGCUUGUGGAAUUUCACAUUUUACGCUUCGAUCUGAAGAGCUGAAUCCAAAGAUGCCUUUAAUACUUGCACAUAAACAGUGCUGUGGCGCUGUCUGUACAUUUUUCCCCAAGAUAAUUUCAUUUAAGAUUUAACAGAGGAAAAAUGUAUUUGACACAGAUUGGCUAUAGCUUAUUGUAUUUUUAAAUAUGCACUCUAUAAAGACUGAAUGCAGUCUUGCCAUUGGUCAGACUUGGAGAGGUAAUGCAUUACCCAGAAUUGACAGCUGACAGAAUGUUUAUGAAGCCAUCAGCUGUGAGUGUUAUUUUUACAUCAGUUUUGUUCUUUUUGUUCCCAUUAAAUGAGGUUUUGUGGACCCCAGUCCCAUCCAAGUUGAAUACUGGUAUCAGAAGACCUCUGUGUUUCUGCUGAAUGUUUUCUUGGAGUCCUGAAGCCUGUUCCACCAGCUUGUCUUUAAAUGGCUUAUGCCUUACUCAAUAUGUGCAAAAACCUAAAGCCAUUAAAACCAAAGUGACUUUUAAUCGUA